AUGACAAAUACUAUUUCUAUUGCUGGACAAGAUUUGUUCUCUAAAGUAGUAAAAGUUAUUGAUGAAUAUCUUAUAGAACCUAUUACUAACAUAAUUAAAAUAGAAAUAUCACAAUGUCUAUUUAUUAGUACAAACAAGAUUGAACCUAAUAUUGAAGAAUUACAUAGCAAACAG